AUGUUGCGUACAUCCCGCGGCGGUAAAAAUGGCAGGAGGUCCGCAAAGUUAGAGGAAAUUGCCGCCGAGCGCAUUGAUGCCAUCACAGCCGAGCCUCUUCACCCGUCGAAGUAUGUUGAAAUUUUGAGUCCGGACGGGUUUCUGCGUUUGUUUUACAAUACGUCGACGCUCAUUCGCAUAGCUAUGGAAAAGGGGAUGUUUAUGCAGCCGCCGCACUUUCGUGAGCCCAUGUGCUCCGAAUUGCAGCGGAAGGUGGAGGAAGUAGAGGGCCGUACAUUUAGGUUUGAGGCCAGAAAUAGCACUAUUUUUGGCAGAGGAAGUGGGGGUGGUACCACCAUCCAACAUAGACACGUUUAUUUUGAACAAAUCAUGGAUCAGUUUUAUUUACUCAACCCGGCGGAGUUGUAUGUCUGCCCCACGUGUUAUCUUCACUGGUUAUCCACGCGAUACAUUCCUAAUGCGAUAGACAACGGCUUGGAGGUUGAAUACAUGGAGGGUAACCCAAACCCUCUCAUUGAUCCGUUAGACGUCUUUGAGCAAAUGCAGAGGGCCGUCGUGCCCGUAUCAUCCGAUGCAACUAAUGAAAGUGGCAGUCAUGGAGCACAAGGCGACGGCGAACGGUGUAAAGGUCAGAAGGGCGCAGAGCCGGUGUCAAGAAUACACCAGAGUCGUGACAUCGAGUGGGACACACCCCUUUCGUAUAUUGUGUUUCGCCGCGCCAUUCACUGGAAACAGCAUGUCCGAAACAUCCACAACGCGGCAGUCGUUACAGCUGAAGACUAUCGCCUGAAGGAAUUCAUUUCUCAAUACAUUUCACAUUAUAAUCAUCUGCAUGAGGAAAGGUAUAAAAAGUCUGUUCAGGAGUUUGGGGAUGCCGCCGUCGCCGUACCAUCAUUGACAGUCACGCGCUAUUGGUACAUCAAUGCACGCUUUAACCGUCUGAGGUAUAACCGAGUUGUCGAGGCUACAGAACGUGCUGAAUUACAUAUAUGUGAAUGUGUGCAACGGACGUUGUUUGAGAACGAAGAAGUGAUAAACACUUUUCCUUCCAAUGAUGUCGAUACAUAUGACGAUUUCAUCUGUAGUAGCGACACUGAAAGCGAUGGUAGUGGUUAUGGUGGGUUCCCCCGAUACGAGGGUCCGAAGUACUCGAGUGAUGAUGAAGAAGAGGAAGAGGAGACAAAUAAUAAUAGUAGUAAGAAGCGAGGGAAGAAGAGUAAACCCCGGAAAAAGAGUGCCCCAAAACGUCAGCGCUCGGAAAAGAGUUCUAGGGGUUCUGACGGUGCAGAAACAGAGCUAGAGAAACGACGGCAGUUGUAUAAACGAGGUUUGUUAGCUCCCUUGAAAGAUGCAUACAAAACGCUCUCAUACGAGGAGCGUCGUCUCCUGGACGUAGAAUCACGCCGGGUUCACAAACCGGUAACAAUUUAUGUUCCCACAAGGGAACGGUACUCCGAUAGUGAUGAUGAUGAUGAUGGUGAUGAAGGGGGCGAAGGAGGAGGGGAUGGCGAUGGGGAUGACGAGGAUGAUAAUGAUGGCGGUGAUUGGGAAGGGGAUGACAACAAUCAGGGCAUAUGGGUUGUUACGGAUGGCGAGGUAAUUGAUUGGGAUGGUAUUGGUGGGUGUAUAGAAAACGCGGAUGAAUACGUUCGUGACAUACAGAAGCGCAGUAAUACAAAUGGUGCCAGCAAAUCGACAGCGGUGGGAGAAGCACAAGCAGAAAAUGUCCAACCGAAUGGUUUUCCGACUUUUUCAGGGGCUGAAGCUAACCGCAAUGACUCCAACGCAACAUCACCAGCCGCUGUAAAGGAAUCCACAAAGGAAAAAGGAAGGGAGGAAAGAGGGCACAAGCUUUUGCUCGACGAUUCGGAAUAA